UCAUUUGGACACUAGGCGGUACAAAAAAAACCGCUAGCUAAACGUCCGUCCGACAUUACCCGCUGUCUUGCGUUUAGCAACUUCACGUCUUCUUCUACAAGCUCACUUUUCCUCAUUCAUAUUCUCCCAAUCCUCACUUUACGAUUUCACGCUCGUUUUUUGGGAAAGGAAUCACUGCUUAUAUGGAAGAAUUACGAUUACGCAUCAUCAUCGUGCUGUUCCAGCAGCAUUAGCUAUGGGUUUGUACAAUUUUCUUCUGCGGAGGCUGGUGUCUCUGCUGCGGCCAUGGCUGCCCGAAGACUCCGACCUUCGGCUCAAUUUGGGGUUUACUCGUUCCUCCAUCGUUGCCCACAAACUCCAUUUGAACGUUUCGGCUCUCAAUGAGCUAUUUGAGGAGACCGCGACAAGCAUGUCCUUCAAAGAGGUGAUUGUCGACCACUUGAGCAUUGUUGUCACAUACUGGCCCUUUCCAGCCUUCAAGAUAACAGUACACGAUGUCCAUGUAACGCUGUGUAUCAGGGAGGAGAUUUCGAGAGGAAAACGGGAAUCCAAUAUGGCAUUUUCUGAAACUUUGAAAAAGAAUCUGUCUGCUAGUGAUCCGGAGGGUGUUACUUUGCAUGAUAUUAUGAAGAGUUUUCUAGACCCACCACCAAGAUACCGGUUGAAAACAGCUUCUAGAAAUCUACUACUCAAACGUGGUUGCCUAAAGGUGAAUAAUAUUAACUUAGUACUGGAGUUCCCAGUCUUUAACAAUGUUUUUGAAUAUUCGUUGAGCAUAAAGCGCCUAAGUGCCAAAUUUGAUAAUCGAAAUCAAGGAUGCCUUCAUGAGCUCAUACAUGGAAUCUUUAAACCAUUAGCACACAGCUGCCUUACCAUCACUGGCAAUGAUCUUGAGAUUGUUUUGAAGAGGGAAGCUCAGAGUAGUAGAAUUUUGAAUUUAAAAGUUAUAUUCAGUCGCUGCAAAUUGUAUGAUCUUCAGCUUGUCGACGUGAAUCUUAGAAUUCCAGAAUUAAGUCUUUCAGUUACUCCAGUUGAGGUUUCAAUAUAUUCAAUAUUAAAUGGAAUGUCAUCUAAAGAAUACAAGUUUUCUAGAAAUGGUAGACAACUAUGGAAACUAGCUGCUCGAAGAAUUAGCCACAUUACUUCAUCGCCAGGAAUGUCAUUGCAUCAUCUUGUCACUGUUGUGAUGCUGUGGAUACAGUAUGUCAAUGUCUAUGAACUUUUACUACUAUUAACUGGAUAUCCUACGGACAAUUUGAUGAAGAAAUUCACUUAUAAGAUUUCUUCGGAUAGAAAACUCUUCAUUUCUUUCAAGAAACAUUGGAUGACAAUACUGGAUAUUGAGAAGAAGUUACCAAUUGGAUCCAUUGCACAGGGACGAAAAAUAGCACGAUAUAGAGCCAUCAAGAAUGUUGAAUGUGCAGAAGACAAAAAGGAAGUAUCUAACAUCGUCCACUUAAAAUUCUUUUAUCAGAUCUUUUCAGUUCUUUUAUGCAUUUGGAAAAUAUUAUGCAGGAUAUUUUGUUUCAUAGAGGAAUACGUUGUUAAAACCUUGACUCAACCACAGAAACUGGAUGGAUGUUUAGAAAUUGUACGCCAAGAUUCAAAUUCACAGUUUUGCUUUAUGUUGAAUAUUGGAAAACUGUUAGUGUCUAUUUAUCCCGCAAAUGAAAUUCAACCUCCCACAUUUGAAAACCUUAAAUCAAAGUUUGGGAUCCCAUCCUCUUUUUUUCUUUCAUUCCAUUUUUCGUUUGAUGCACUCUUAGUCAUAUAUACGGUAGACCUCUGUGAACAGUCUUUACUCAUAUCCUGUGAUCAAUUCAAUGUUACUUCCUUACCUUCCAUGGAGGUUCCCAGUGGUAGAGUCCGUUCUGGUGAUCUGCUAGGGUCUCUAAAAGAGUGUGACAUGGAAGGAGCAAAUAAUCCGAAAUCUAUUGUUUGGGGUGAACCUGCGCAGAGCUUUCUUCCUUCUGAUGGUCGUGAAACAGAUACUGCUGACUUUGGUGAAGUUGAUUGCAACCCGUUCCUAGUUAAAUAUUUGGAGGGCAUGUGGUUGAGAUGGAAAUCUGUAUGCAUGAAUCUUGAAGAAAGUGGGAUCAAGUAUUCAGAUAAUCCUUGGUUUCUUUGUGAAAUCAAUAGCUCAUUGACAAAAUCAGUGCAUGAGAAUUCAAAUACUUCAUUAUGGAAAUGCAAUUUAGCUCUAGGUAAGCUGAAUUUUGCUUUGGGAUAUUCAUCCAUAUUAUCGGCAUCUUUGCUCCUUCAAUUGAUGCAACAUCGUGCUUAUUCUUGGACUGAGGAUGAGCGAAGUUCUGAAGUUUCUUCGCAUCCAUCAACAGAUACGGUAGAUAAUAGAGAAGUCUGUUUGAAUGAUAAGUAUGAGGACUGCACUAGUCAAAUGAUGACAUCAUUGCUUAAGAAGCUACCACUAAAACACAUUCAAGUUGCAAUGCACAUAGCUGGUUCUCACAUCCAAAUGGCACUUGAAAAGGACUUCCAUGAUGGCUACGUAAUUUCCAGUGAGAUAGCUCAUAAGGGUGAGUCACUCAUUGCAUUUGAUGUGCAUGAUGUUGAAAUUGCCGUAUGCCCGGCUUCCAGUUCUGAUCUGGCAUUUCUAAUGGAGAACUCCUCCGAAGCUGAUGAUAAAGAACUGGAGCAUCUCUCUUUGAAAGAACCCCGUAUUUCAAAAAUUGGUAGUGAAAAGUAUACAUCUCAAGAAUUGGUUUCCCUCUGGUUCUACCUACAAGUUAAAGGGUUAAAAGCUUAUAUAUUGAACUUGGACCGGAUACAACAUGAUCAAAUAUUUAUUUUCAAUCCAAUGCUGGUCUUAUCAUCAAUUGUCAGGAAAUCUGUUCACUCAUUUAGUGAGAAUGUCAAUGCUUUCUCAGUAGCUUUUGACUGUACGACCACAGGUUUCACUUCUUUAUCAUAUAUGGAGGAUUUAUAUCUUCUCGUUGAGGUUAUUGGACAUUUGUCCUCUACAAUUUCUUAUCUAGGCUCUACUAGUUGGUGUCCCCAAGAAUUUAUGAAACAAAAUAUCAUGCUGACAAAGCCCAUGCCGAAGUUUGUAUACGUGAAAGAAGCCUCGAUAAGUUGCCGAACUAGUUCUAUGUUUCACGGGAGCUUUAAAAUUAAGCGGAUGGAUGUCAUUCUUCAUAAUUCCCGGAUGAGUGACACUUUCAACAGUUCUAAUAUCUUUAGCCAGAAAAUGGCAGAAAUCAAUUCCCCUGAUUGUGGAAUUUGGAUGUCUGUUGAUCAGGGAGGAGUCAAGGUAACAUGUGAAGAGGAUGGAGUUGAUAUUCUUACUGAUAUCUCUAAUAUCAAUUCAGUUAUAUUUAGGUAUCACAAAAGUGAUAUAGAUGAAUCUGUAUUCAAAUCUCUGCAGACGCAAUUACUUAAUUGCUGUCUUUACUUCUAUCAUCAGAUUUCUUUCUCUCAUUUCAUUCUUACCUUAUCUUUGAUUCCACGUAAUGGCUCAUCUUCAGAAGGGUUGAGGAAUAUUCACCACAGUUCUAUUUCUAGAAAUAAUGAAUUGAACGUGGAGAAUUCUGACAUGGCAGUUAAUGCUGAGGGGCCAGGUGGACGGUCUGUCUUUGUUCAGGAUCUGGACUUUGUUUCCACUUCACCAUUUUCAAAUUUUCAGUUGCUUGUACAUAUUGCAAUUAGUAGGAUUCUCAUAACGAGGUGCUCAGUGUAUGACAUCUUAGUUGGAGCACAUCAACUGAGUAAAAUUUCGUCAUCUCUCUCUGUCGGGGGAGACUUUCGGACCAUCUCUUGGAGGAUUCAGGGUGGUCUUCUCUUCCUGGAAACAUUGGCUUUGGCAUUCUUUAUCAAUUGUUUCCAUAAAUACUGCCAUGCCAUACGGAGUCUAUUGUCUGUGUUGCAAUUUUCUGAUCAACAAGAUAAGAAGGCUCAAGACAUGGUGGAAAUUACUAGAUUGGAUGAAAGUGCUACUGACGAUGUUGUUGGCAAGACUACCGACUCUCUUCUAAGAGUUAAAGGGAAACUUCUGGAAGUUUUUAUCCUCAAUGUCUCUAACAUUUCUCUUGUUCUUGUUGUAAAAGAUGAAUCUGAUGUGAUUUGGGAAUUUGUGAUUAAAGUUGAUGCGGAUUUAAAAUUUCAAUUGGCUGAUAAUAGGAAAGAACUUGAAGUUAGUCUUUCUCACUUUUCAAUUCUCUCCCACCAAAUUGAGGAAACCUUGCGAAACAAUUUUCAAGUUCCUCAUUUUUCUUCAAAUUUGUCGUCCCACCCUGUAGCUGGAGAACUUGCUGCAAGUUCUCAACAUGGAAAGGGAGUUCAGUCAGAUAAUGAUGCAAGUAGUUCAAAACAUCCAGUUUCUCAUAAAAAAAUUUCUGGGAAUAGUCAUGUCACUGGGCCUUUUUGUUUUAGCUGUCAGCAUUAUUUACUGGAGAACCUGGUCGCUUCCUUGUCAAUUGAGAAGACCUGUAGUGAUCAUAUAGGCUUAUUAAGUAACGCAUGGGCUGGCAAAGGCUCUUUGUCAGGGUUGGAUCUCACAUUGUCUCAUUCUGAAAUACAGGUGAUUUUGUUAAUUGUUUCAUCAUUUUCUGGAUCAUAUGACAAGGAAAAGACGAAUGAGCAUAAAAGGCAAUGGUUGGGUAGUCAGCAAGUUGAUACUAAUACCAAAGAGACAUUUACCACUGAUGUGGUAACCCUGGUUCCUGAUGGAACGAUUGUUGCAAUCCAAGAUAUCCAUCAGCACAUGUACUUCAGUGUAGAAGGUGGUAACGGGUACAAUUUAGUUGGUGUAAUGCACUAUUCUCUUGUGGGAGACCGGGCUUUAUUCAGGGUUGAAUACAAAAAACAGAGGAUGUCCUCACCAGUGGUUUGGUUCUCCUUGAUAUCAUUGUAUGCAAAGAAUGCUGCAGGAAAACAUUUAAGAUUGAACUGUUGUCCCAGAUCUGGAGUUGUAAAUAUAUCUGGCACUGAUGAUAGGGAUACGGCACUAUGGAGAAUAUUUUCUUGGACGCCUGGAGGUCAAAAAGGUGAUACGGACUGGGAACCAUACAAUCAGUUUGCUAAAAGAAGUUUUUAUCUAGUGAACAAAAACAAUGACUGUGGUAUUGCCUUCGUUGAUGGGGUUCCAGAAUUUGUCAGAAAACCUGGAAAUCCUUUUAAAUUCAAAAUCAUCCAUGAUUUUCCUACAGUUCAUGGUGUUGCUGAUAUAAACCAUUAUUUUGCUGGGAAUGCUGAAACCAGUCGUGAACAAAAUUCCCACCCAGAUGAGAGAAUAGGAAUUGAUGGGACGUUUCCAAGAAUACAUAUUUCAAUUUAUAUUUCUCUCACCAUCGUUCAUGACAUAUCUGAUACGAGUGACAUAUUGCCUCUCGUUUGUGGUUGUCUCAGUAAUAUGAAUCUGACCCUACAAAUUUCAUCAAAUAAAACCAGGGUUCUUUGCACUUCUACUGCUGAGCUACAUUAUUUUGAUGCACAAAGAAAUUCGUGGCAAGGGAUUCUCAAACCAGUUGAUAUUUUCCUUUAUUACCGUUUCAGUGCAAAAACCAGUAGCACAGGAACAAUUUUGCAUGGGGUUCCUGUGCAUAUUUAUUGUAGAACGAAGGAGUUGGACAUAUCCUUAAAUGAGACCUCGCUGGAUGUAAUUCUCUUUGUCAUUGGGAAACUAGAUUUGGCUGGUCCGUAUGUAGUGAGAAGUUCCAUAAUUCGUCCAAAUUGUUGCAAGGUGGAAAAUCGGUUUGGGGUCAAUCUUCAGUGUCAAUUCCACAACAAGAAGAGUCUGACGAUAGGAAAAUUUAAGCCUGCUUUCAUCUCUCUGAGGCACGCAGGCUCACUUGACCAAUCUCGUGAGAGCGGAUCGGUUAUUUCAUUUCAACUUGGUGAAACUGAAAAUUUUACAACAACUAUCCAUAUUUGCGACUUACAACCCCAAACAUUUUCUUGGAGAACACGCAUAAAAUCUGUGAAAGAUUCAAAAACUUAUCCAGGGCCACUUAUUGUGGUUGACAUUUCUCAUCAUCCUGAGGAUGGUUUGUCCAUUGUGAUUUCCCCUAUGACGAGAAUACAUAAUGAAAGUGGACUAACCAUGGAACUUCGAUUUCGGCGAAACCAACCAAAUGAAGAUGAAUGUGCUUCUGUGUUGCUAAAACAUGGAGAUGUGAUUGAUGAUUCAAUGGCAAUGUUUGAUGCGUUAAACUCUUCUGGUGGAUCGAGAAAAGCAUUAAAGUCUUUAAGUGUUGGAAACUUCCUUCUUUCUUUUAGACCAAUGUUGACUGAUGAAUCAAUGAAUUUUAAGAAUUCAAGGUCAGUUGAGUGGUCAGAUGACUUUAAAGGUGAAAAGGCAAAGCAUUUGUCUGGAAUUUUUGAUAAGUUAAGCUACAAAUUCAGAAGGGCUCUAAUGGUUGGGUUGGAGAAGUACUCCUUUAGCACAGCAAGUUGUAAGCUGUUUGUUGAUGAUGGACGUGAAGAGUACUUGCACUUUCUGAUUCAAUGCGUUAGCAAGGAUGUGCAUAUAAUGCGGCCUGAUGAAUCUGGGCAUAGGUUUGAUACUAGUCAUUCAUCUGAUGUGCUACAAGUGCAAAAACAGAUUUUUCUUCUUCCUACCGUACGAGUGUCCAAUUCCUUGUAUUCAGAUAUACAUGUGCUUUUAAGUGAGAAAGAUAGUAGUACCUCAAAUGAGGAUCCAUAUAUUGGAUCCAGGGCAAUUAUAUCAUCUGAAUCAACAGCUAAUUUCUAUGUGAACCCUGCCAUAAUUUUUUUUACUGUUACAUUGACUGCAUUAAAUUCAACUUGCAAGUCAGUGAAUAGUGGUGAUUUUGUGGAGAAGUUACUGAAGCAGAAAAGUAAAGUCCAAUCCGUAGACAUUGAUCUUGAUUUUGGUGGUGGACAGUACUUUGCUUCUUUAAGAUUGGCUCGUGGCCAUAGAGGCAUAUUAGAGGUAACUGUUUUUACACCGUAUGCGCUGAAGAAUGACACAAAUUUUAAGCUACAUUUUCUUGCUUCCAAUAAGAAGACUCUUUACAGGGAUGUAAAAGAGAAUGGUCUCUGUCCUCCAAAUUUAGGAAUAAGUUUGCUUCCACAUUCCAGUUGUUCAUGGUUCUUAAAGUCCAAAAAGGUGUUUGUACAGUCGGAAAAUUAUAAAUCUGAAUCAAUACUUGACUUGGAUGCUCUAUCUGGCUUCACAGAAUUAAGCUUGCAAACUCAAGGAGAUGGCGUAGUAUCUUGUAUCAAACUUGGUGUCUCUUUGGGAUCACUGUUGAGAAAUAUGGUUUUGUCAUCCCAGCUUGUAACUAUAGUUCCACGAUAUGUAGUGAUUAAUGAAUCAAAAGAAAAUAUUACUGUACGUCAGUGUUACUUACAGAAGAAUGAUGAAGGAAGCACAAUCCAAGUUGACAGUAAACAAAAAGCAACACUCAAACUGCAGGACGGAAUCCAGAAGCCUAGAGGAUCGAGUCUAAUUGAAAAUUUUGUUAAGAAGCAUUCAAAAACUAUGGAUGAUUCAUUAAAAUUUAUUCAGUUCUACCUUACUGACUCUGAUUUGAGUUGGUCUGGCCCAAUAUGCAUUGCUUCAUUGGGGCGAUUUUACGUGAAAUUCAAAAAGCAGCCAGACCAAGAGGCUUUGAAAGGCACAGAAUUUGCUGCAGUUCAUGUGGUGGAAGAAGGUUCAACAUUAAAUUUACACUUCCAUAAACCACCAAAUACCAACCUUCCAUACAGGAUUGAGAAUCGUUUGCACGAUUUUUCUAUUACAUACUAUCAGAAGGAUGUUGUGGAGCCAGAGGUCCUAGGAUCUCUCUGUAGCGUUGACUAUGUCUGGGAUGACUUGACUCUUCCACAUGAGCUAGUAGUCCAAAUUAACGAGAGCCUUCGUGAAAUUAACUUGGACAAGUUGCGCACAUGGAGGCCUUUAUAUAAGUCUAGGCGACAAGGAGGCUUGACACAUCACACAAUAUCUGGCAGCUUUAGUGGCCCGGAGAUUAUGAAGGUUGGGUACGAAAUAUAUGCGGAUGGUCCAACCAGGAUUUUACGUAUUUGUGAGAAAUCUGAUUGUCACAGAGGAGGUUCAGUGAUUCCAUCAUCUGAAAAGUUUCAACUCAGAAUUUCUAAUAUCACAGUUCACUUACUUGAAUGUUGGAGGCAGGAUGGAUAUGAGAGUGAGCCAUCAGCAUGUAUGCCACUUGUAGCUGCUAGACUCUGGGACAUUAGUUUGGACUCUGUGUUCGCAGAGCAGCAGAAAUAUAACCAGAUUACUGUUCAGUCAUUGAAAUUGGAGGAGAAGAGAGUAGGAGCUACUUUUGCUGCAAUGCUUCGUAGGCAUCGACUUGAUUACAGUGACCCAAAUGAUUGUGUUCUCAAAAUUGUCUGCGUCCUGAACUCAACCAGCUUUCAUGUCAAGCAAGUGAAGUAUUUUUCUGUUGUUCUGCAGCCAAUUGAUUUGAACCUUGACGAGGAGACCUUAAUGAGGAUUGCUCCAUUUUGGAGAACAUCUCUUAACGACUCAAAAACUGGGAGCCAGCAGUACUAUUUUGACCAUUUUGAGAUCCACCCGAUAAAGAUUUUUGCAAAUUUCCGUCCUGAGGAAUCAUAUUCAAGUUAUAGUUCAACACAGGAGACUCUGAGGACCUUACUACAUAGUGUAGUAAAGAUCCCUGCGAUGAAAAAUGUGGUUGUUGAGCUCAAUGGUGUUCUAGUUACUCAUGCUUUGAUCACAAUGCAUGAAUUAUUUCUUAGAUGUGCUCAACAUUAUUCAUGGUAUGCCAUGAGGGCUAUCUAUAUUGCAAAAGGAAGUUCAUUGCUCCCUCCAGAUUUUAUUUCCAUUUUUGAUGAUUUGUCUUCAUCUUCCUUAGAUGUCUUUUUUGAUCCGUCUCGUGGGUUUAUGGGUUUUCCAGGGACUUUCAAGUUUAUCAAGCAAUGUAUUGAUGCGAAAAGGGGGUCAGGUACCAAACGCUAUUUUGGAGAUUUAGGGAAAACUUUGAGGACAGCAGGGUCGAAUGUUAUGUUUGCUGCUAUAACUGAAAUUUCAGACUCUGUUCUCAAGGGAGCAGAAGCAAGUGGUUUUAAUGGAAUGGUGAGUGGAUUUCACCAAGGAAUACUAAAGAUAGCCAUGGAGCCAUCUUUACUUGGGAGUGUUCUGAUGCAAGGUGGUCCAGAUAGAAAUAUCAAACUUGAUCAAAGCCCAGGGGUUGAUGAGCUAUACAUUGAAGGCUACCUGCAAGCUAUGUUGGAUACAAUAUACAGACAAGAAUAUCUUAGGGUUAGAGUCAUUGACAAUCAGGUUAUCCUAAAAAAUCUUCCCCCAAACACUCCUCUGAUGAAUGAGAUCGUGGAGCGUGUGAAAGGAUUUCUUGUUAGCAAAGAAUUGUUAAAGGGAGAUUCAGGAAUGAGUAGUCGACCUUUUCACCAUCUUCGACGUGAAAGUGAAUGGAAGAUUGGGCCUACAGUGCAAACUCUCUGUGAACACCUCUUUGUAAGUUUUGCAAUCCGUAUGCUGAGAAAAGGUGUCACUCAGAUUGUAGUCAGGAUUCCUCGGAACAAAGAAUCAAACUCUGAUAAUCAAGAAACCAAUCUUGCGUUAGUUCCAACUGGCAAGGAACCCAAAGGUAAGUUCAUCUGGACUACGGGAAUUGGCAAGUUUAUGCUGUCUGGUAUCGUAGCCUAUAUUGAUGGUCGGUUGUGCCGUAAUAUCCCUAAUCCUAUUGUACGGCGGAUUGUAAGUGGCUUUCUGUUGACUCUCCUUGACAAUAAUGACAAGGAAUAAUUUUGUUGUCUGUUCUGUAUCUAUGCACUGUAUAUCUUUUUGUGAUGUAGAAGUGGGAAACAGAUUAUCUGCUACAUUAUGAUAAAACAUUGGGAAGGUUAUCUCAAAAGUAGCGUGAUCUUAAGGUAAUUUUCACAAGGGAAAA